AUGGAAAGCCAGAGCUCGGAGGCUUUUACAGAUGCGCAUGAUGCGCCAGCUGCAGCCAGCGUUUCGUAUGCUGCCGGAGCCUGCCAAAGUAUUCCAGCUGUUCGAAGGAAGGCCAACAAGAUCCUGGAGGCAAACAAUAUUGCUCCUACCAUCCAGGCGGCGGAAGCACGUGGCCAGGUGGAGGCUGAAGCCUCUGAAGUUGAAGUGGCGGAGGUGCCGGCUCCAGAGCCGCCCCCCGACGCAUCGGCACCAGUCGAAGCAUCUGUGUUCCAGGCCUGCGUAGCGGAUCCCGACAGCCCAUUUGCCUGGAACAAAGAUGCCACGCCAUUUGUGCCGGGGCAGAUCUGGGUGCAGCAGCAGGUGCCCACGAUUGCAAAAGCUCCUGCUCCACCGGCGCCAAGGCUGUGGGGAGCCGCUACGCAGGUGGUGCCAUCCGCAGCAAAGGCAUCUGCCAAGGUGCCCACGAUUGCAAAAGCUCCUGCUCCACCGGCACCAGGGCUGUGGGGACCCGCUACGCAGGUGGUGCCAUCCGCAGCAAAGGCAUCUGCCAAGGUGCCCACGAUUGCAAAAGCUCCUGCUCCACCGGCACCAGGGCUGUGGGGAGCCGCUACGCAGGUGGUGCCAUCCGCAGCAAAGGCAUCUGCCAAGGUGCCCACGAUUGCAGAAGCUCCUGCUCCACCGGCACCAGGGCUGUGGGGACCCGCUACGCAGGAUGAAAGGAUGAAUUGCACGCCCAACCUGUCCAAAGAGCUGAGGAAGGUGGGCGCGACACAGGAAAGAAUCCUCCAUGAAGUUGCAAUGGUUCGAUCCAUGCUGGAGGCCUGCGUCCGGCUUGAAGCAUUGCGCUUGAAGCUUUGCUGCUUGACCAGUCUUCAGAGAUUGCAUCGACUGCAUGGACACUGCGUCGUUGCUCGAGAGUCUGCAUGUUGUUGUGUUGAUGAAUCUAGGUUUAAAGGGGGGGUAGCUGGAGUUCGAAACAGCCUGUUGCUGUUGUGA